CCCGCCCCAGUUUCCCCGUGAGGGCGGUGGCGCGUUCCGCUUCGGAGGUGCAAGCCUGAGUCCCCUCCGCAUCGAUUACCUGUGGGUCCUUUAUAGCUCACCCCACCUGAAAUAUAUGACAGGGGCUGCAACGUCCCACUUAACCCGCGUCUUCCUUCCCUUAAUAGGCUUCCCAAAGAGUCGUCUGUCGGUAGGGCCUCUUGUCUGAUAGAGAUUUCCCCUCCUCUAAAUUGGGGUAUUCUCUUCUCCUCCCUUCCCCCCCCCACCGCCCUGAAGAGUCUCCAUAGAAUUGGGUCUGCUGGGAGACUCCUCAUUCACCUUUUCAAAGGGAUGCCCCCAUCCUUCCCCUUUAAGUAGAGCCCCCUGCACGUCUUCGCUUCUGCGGAUCCUUUCUUCCCUAGCCAAGCCAGAGAGAGGGAGAUACUCUAGGUGCCCUAUGUCUCCUACGCAGAGGCCUCCCUCGUCCAGGGGAGCCAGUGACAGUUCCCUCUAAACCCUCUUCCUUGAUUGGAGGAGUUGGGGAAGAGGAGGAGGAGGUCGGGGGUGUACUCCCCACCCCCAAUAUCCUGGAGCUGGAGCCGCAAGGGGAACAGUAUCAAGGCAGCUGCCGAGACUUACAGGAGAAGGGCAAAGGUGAAGCCCAGCCUCCUCCACGGCCGCCAUGCCGUCUAAUGCCCGGGCUGGCAGCUUGAAGGACCCCGAGGUGGCUGAACUGUUCUUCAAGGAUGACCCCGAAAAGCUCUUUGUGGACCUGCGGGAGAUUGGUCAUGGCAGCUUCGGAGCAGUCUACUUUGCCCGAGACAUACGUAACAAUGAAGUGGUGGCCAUCAAGAAAAUGUCCUACAGUGGGAAGCAGUCUAACGAGAAAUGGCAGGAUAUUAUCAAAGAGGUGAAGUUUCUGCAAAAGCUGCGGCACCCGAACACCAUUGAAUACAAGGGCUGCUAUCUACGGGAACAUACAGCAUGGCUGGUGAUGGAGUACUGCCUGGGCUCUGCCUCGGACUUGCUGGAAGUGCACAAGAAACCGCUGCAGGAAGUAGAGAUUGCAGCCAUAACACACGGUGCCCUGCAGGGGCUUGCAUACCUGCAUUCGCACAACAUGAUCCACAGAGAUGUGAAAGCUGGGAAUAUCCUGCUGACUGAGCCAGGACAAGUGAAACUGGGGGACUUUGGCUCGGCCUCCAUCAUUGCUCCCGCUAACUCCUUUGUUGGCACCCCAUACUGGAUGGCUCCCGAGGUGAUCCUAGCCAUGGACGAGGGGCAGUACGACGGCAAGGUGGAUGUCUGGUCACUUGGCAUCACGUGCAUCGAACUUGCGGAGCGCAAACCACCCCUCUUUAACAUGAAUGCUAUGAGUGCCUUAUACCACAUCGCCCAGAAUGAUUCUCCGCUGCUCCAGUCCAGUCACUGGUCUGAAUAUUUCCGGAACUUUGUGGAUUCGUGCCUGCAGAAGAUCCCCCAGGACCGCCCAACCUCUGAUGUGCUGCUCAAGCAUCGCUUCCUCUUGAGGGAACGUCCCCAGACAGUUAUCAUGGACCUGAUCCAGCGAACCAAGGACGCUGUGCGGGAGCUGGACAACCUGCAGUACCGCAAGAUGAAGAAAAUCCUUUUCCAGGAGGCACAGAAUGGCCCAAAUGCAGAGGCACCAGAAGAGGAGGAGGAGGUGGAGCAGUUUCUCCACCGUACAGGCACCAUCAACAGCAUGGAGAGUAGCCAUUCGGUGCCCAGCAUGUCCAUCAGCGCUAGCAGCCAGAGCAGCAGCGUCAACAGCCUGGCGGAUGCCUCCGAUGACGACGAUGGGGCUGAGAUUGCCAUGAUGCAGGAAGGCGAGCACACAGUCACCUCCAACAGCUCCGUCAUCCAUCGCCUUCCGGGCCACGACAACCUGUACGAUGACCCAUACCAGCCUGAGAUGGAGCCCCAGAGCUCAUCAUCAGCUGCCCGGCGCCGUGCCUACUGCCGCAACCGAGACCACUUUGCGACCAUCCGUACAGCUUCUCUGGUGACUCGCCAGAUCCAGGAGCACGAGCAAGACUCGGCGCUGCGGGACCAGAUGAGCGGCUACAAGCGGAUGCGGCGCCAGCACCAGAAGCAGCUGCUGGCUCUGGAGAACAAGCUCCGGGCGGAGCUGGACGAGCACCAGCUGCGGCUCGACAAGGAGCUGGAGGCCCAUCGCAGCAACUUCUCUGCUGAGGCUGAGAAACUGGCCAAGAAGCACCAAGCUAUAUUUGAGAAGGAGGCAAAGGCAGCCCUGGCUGAGGAGAAGAAGUUUCAGCAACAUAUCUUGGGCCAGCAGAAAAAGGAGUUGGGCAACUUGCUGGAGUCGCAGAAGCGGCAGUAUAAGCUACGCAAGGAGCAACUUAAAGAGGAACUGCAGGAGAAUCAGAGCACACCCAAGCGGGAGAAGCAAGAGUGGCUGCUGAGGCAGAAGGAGAACAUGCAGCACUACCAAGCAGAGGAAGAGGCCAACCUUCUGCGCCGCCAGCGGCAGUACUUUGAGCUGCAGUGCCGCCAGUACAAGCGCAAGAUGCUGCUGGCCCGCCACAACUUGGACCAGGACCUGUUGCGAGAGGAGCUGAACAAAAAGCAGACCCAGAAGGACCUGGAGUGCGCCAUGCUUCUGCGCCAGCACGAAUCCACGCAGGAACUGGAGUUCCGGCACCUGCACACCGUCCAGCGCACCCGCACGGAGCUCACCCGCCUGCAGCACCAAACAGAGCUCUCCAACCAGCUGGAGUACAACAAGCGCCGGGAGCAGGAGCUGCGCCAGAAACACGCCAUGGAGGUCCGGCAGCAGCCUAAGAGCCUCAAAGUAGGUGCUACCUACACCCCGCCUUGCUGCCAGUGGUGCCCUGACGGGCAGGAUGCAAGGGGUCUGGAGCCAGGGCAGGGGCACCCAGGGGUUGUGGAAAUGGACACAAAUGAGGACGGAAGUCUAGAGCCCUUGCAGGACCACUUGUGUGGGCCUAGUCCCUGUGACUGUGCAGCCAGGGUUCAGAAAUGCCCGGCAGAUGCAGAAUCUAACUGCCCACACUUUGGGCCACUAGACUCAAGAGGAUGUGAAUCGGCUGUUUCGGAGUCUGGUAGCCCUUGUCAUGAUGAUCUAGGCCGAUGCAAACCUAUUGGAGAGGUUCUGGAGCCAACUCAGGGUGUUGUUGUAGACACAGGAAUAAAAUGUCCCAACCUUUUAGGGAAGUGUAGCCAUGAAAUGGGGGUUCUGGAACCAGAGCUAGACUGCCAUGGGCAUGUGGUUUUAGAGUAUGGCCUGGAGGAGGAGGAGGAUCUAGAACUGGAUGCAGUGCGUAUUGGGGGUCUUGUACAGGACUGGUCGCCAAAGGGGGUUGGAGAUCUGGAUGAGCAGGGUUUGGAGGCCUUGGUGCCUGAAUCAAAGCGUCCUGGGGACGCAAAGCCUGAUUGGCAAUGCCUGGCAAGCGAAAUUCCAGAUGGGCAGGAAGCUGCUGCUUUAGAGCAGAGACAGGAGUGUCUUUGGCUCAAUGGGAAGGACGAGGGAGUCCUAGAUCUAGACAGAAAAGAAGGUUGGAUUCCAGAUUUCGGUGAAACAAGCUUGAAACAGCAAGGACACUGUGGAGAGGGAGUUGCUGAUCUAGAAGUAAGCCAGAGGUAUUUUGGAGUGCGGGAUCACUUUGGAGAGGGCUCUGGGGUUCUGUUGUCCGUUCGGGGGCGGCCAGGCGUUCCAGAGCCUGAUGGGCAAGAGGCUGAUAAGCUGGAUCCAUUCACAUGUGAAGGCAAUUUAUACUUGCAUGCCUUACCCACUGUCCUCGAAGAGGGGGCCCUGCGAGGCCCGGGAGAUGGCUGCCCAGCCCCUGAAGACCCCUACAGCCAGCAGGCCAGCAGCAAAGCCCGCCCCGUCCCACCUCCCGUGGCAGCCAUGCUGCCCCAUGCUCUCUGCGUGGUCUUGGCACUGUUAGUCUCUGCCUACCCAUGUGCGCCAACUCUCUUGCUGCUCCUCGCUGCACUGUGGGCGCAGGGUGGUGGGUUUCAGGAUAUCCUCCUGGCCCUCGAAGGGGCUCUAGUGGGCCUGGGGGUUACGUACACCUUGUUGCACUCUGUCUUCCUCCUUUCCGGAGCGUCCUUUCUCCUCCUGGCCAAGAUGGCGGGGGCAGUGGGUGUGGUGGGGCUGAGUGCCAGUAGGGAGCGCCUGUACGUUCCUGUCAUCCUCCUGGCUUCCUACCUGUUAGCUUCUCCCUGGCUGUUCCUGCCCCUUUACCUCUUGGGGGCACUCGCACGGCACAGCCUGAGGGGAUUCCCCCGCCGCGCCCGCCGCUUCUGGCUCCUGGCCCUGCUCCGUCUCCCACGCCCGGCUUUCCGCAUCCUCCAGCGCCUGGGGCUGGUCACCGAGCAGGGGCUGUUCCGCCUCUUCCCCAAAACCAACAAAGGCGGCUUCCGCAGCCGCAUCCCGGUGCUGUCCCGCCAGCGCCAGCCGUCCCUGCCCUGGCACCGCAAGGCCGCGGCCCUUCUUGCCAAGCCGAUUUGCAGCAUCAACAAGAUCCUCACGGAGGUGAUUUGUGCUCAGCUGCCGCCUUCGGCCCUGCAUUGCCUCAAGGGGCUGCAUGUCUUGCGAGAGGAAAGGCCUUCCCGCAUCCCCCGCCUGACAGCCAGGCCCCGGGGGCAUUCUGUAGGGUCAGCGAGGCGCAUUAGUAGGAGGAGAAGUGUGCAAGGAAGCCAGCCUGCCAGGAGACCCUGGAGAUAAGGAGCCCUUGGAGGGCUCCACAUCCUGUUCUAAAACGGUGAAACAGUCCAUUCCAGUGGGAUUCCGGCAUCCUGGUCCUCUGGUCUCAUACACACAAUUCUGGGAGGUUGGCUAGUCUCUGGACUUACGGGAGAUCAGGCAGAGCAAGUGACAGUAUUUACUCUGAAAACCUACUACUUUCCAUCCAGUGUUGUGGUAUUGGUAUAUAGAACCCAACAGCAAGGGGAGAGAAUUUAAUGUCUUAAGGCCAGGGAUCCCUCUGAGCCUUUGAUAAAAGGAGUUUUGAAGUUGCGGGAGGACCAGAAGUUUGUUCUAGCUCCUUAUUGGUUUACACAAUGGGGGUGGGGCGGAGCGUUGUUGAGUGUUCAUUACCCUAACGAGGAAAGAAUCACCUGAUGACGCCCUUUUGAGCUGGCUGUGUUUGGGUGGGUUGGGUAUUUUUUGGCGCCCGUUCCAGCCGGCUGGGAGAAGAUGUGGAGAUGUGGGUUAAGCUGAAGAGAUUUCCAAGCCCCUUAAGAACUGAGGUGUGAGGUGCAUGUGUGCUAGUGUCUGAGGUCGAAAGGUCCUGUUCAAUGUUCCCCAAUGAAAACAGGAGUUUGCUAAGGGGGCAGGGGCUGCAGUUUGCAGAAUACUCCACUCUUGCAACCAUUUUCCAGUAACCUCUUUUUUAAAAGUCCAGGCACUCUUGUUUCCAUCUUUAACCUACUUUGAGCAAUGAGGGGAUAAGUACGGUCCUCCAUUUCCUUCAAACAUAGAACCCCCAAAGAAGGUAGUGGGUGCUGGGGCUGAAUAUACAGUCAUCAAAAUAAAUAGGCUUCUGUUCAUUAUCAGCUCCUUAAAUGGUCAGGAUCCAUAUCGCCUUAAAUUUUAUCAUCCUCCCUCCCUCUUCCCCGCUGAACCUUGUUUCAAUUGAUCUGGAAACUUACAAACCUAAAGGGGUGUACAUGUUUCAAGAAAUCAGACUCCUACCAGCUCCUAAGGGCUUAACUAAUUGUAGGUGAUUCUUUCGCCGUUAAUAUAUAUAUUUCCACCGUUUUACAAAUAUAUAUAUAUAUAUUUAUCAUUUUCCACCCUAAUUGUAACAACCUCCCUUCACUUCAUUUUUUUUUUACUUGAAUGUACAUAUUUCAAGCUGACUUUUAAUUUUAUGUUUGUGUAUGUUUGUGAUUUUUAUUUUAUUUUUUGCUAAGUUUGAUAUAAAACCAGUUUUUGUGGGGAGGGACAAAGAGCUAAUGUGAGAUUUUUUUUAUAAAAAAAUGACUGAAAACGGGAGAAUUUUUUUUAAAAAAUCCAACUUAUUGCUACAGGUUUUUCAUUUGAAAGCACAAUGGGCCAAUCAAGCAGUUCUCUCUCUCUCUCUCUCUCUCUCUCUCUCUCUCUCUCUCUCUCUCUUUUGCCCUUAUAAAAGAAAUCUUCAAAUACCACAAGCCAGGACUUUGAAGUAAUGGUUAGGGUUUUAACCAGUUUGCUUUAGUGAACCUAUGUAAGAAAGGAAAAGUUAAGUUUGCUAUUGAGCACCUCCCCAAAUGCUGAGAUGGUUGGUAGUUUUUCAGGUGGUGACCCAACCUUUUUGUUGGCUCCCUGCAGCUUGUUGAAGCACAGGGACCAUUCCAGGGAUAGCAGUGCCUCAAGCUCUCCCCUUUCCCAGGGAGCCAACUAUUCCACCUUUCCUACUCCAGGACCUGAAUGCCCUCAUUACUCUGGGAUCUCUGUCCUCAGUCACCCCCAGCUUGAGCUGUGGCAAUGGCAUCAGAGCCCCUGGCCCUUUCACACCUGGAUGAGAUGCUUGCCUUUUGUAACACAAGUAACAACCGUGUUGAAGGAUUUCUGGGUAAUGCAGAAGCUCCCGUAGUCCUGCAGUGAUUUACUUGUGUUAUUUAAAAAAAAAAUGAUUACCUUGCCUAUUUUAACUCUCUACCCCAGCCCUUACCAUGCCUUGUGCCCACCAGAUGUUUUGGACUACAACUCCAGGCCAUGCUGGCUGGGCUGAUGGGCCCUAAACAUCUGGAGAGCACAAAGUUGGGAAAGGAUGCUCUAAUCAGGUAAUCACCCAGACGCUACAAUAUCUCAAUCAAGUUCGUAUAUGAAGAGCGUUGCUGAUAGAUGUGGUUUCUUUGUUUUUGGAAACAAAACCUGAUUUAUUUUAAAGUCGAUCUUUGGCAGCCAAAUAGGCACUAAAUUAACCAUUUUUUAAAAUGCCAAACUGGGGUGGUUGAGCUUGAAUAUCUUUAGAGAGUAAUCCUGAACACACCAAAUCUGAGAGUAAAUCCCAUUUUUGUCAUUUGUUUUUACAGCUAGUAAAUUUAGAUUCCCAGACAAAGCAAGGAUUUUUCACAUUCCCAUGACACGCCAGCCGUGUUUUAGGCUGUUAAAUCAUUUUGUAACUAACAGCCUACAGUUCUGGUUUAAUUGGUGCCUCAUUUUUAAAUUGUUUCCUUCGUGCAUUUUUACAUUUCCCCCCAGCUUGUGGUCUGAUUCUGUUACUACAGCCUUUAAAGAAACAAAAAACCCCAAGUUGAGAUUAUCCCCAACUUAAUUCUGCAUUUAUCUAUCUAAUUUUGGUCCCAUUUUGUACAUCAAGUGCUUGUCCUGUGUUUCUCCCUUUUUUGGUUCAUCUGUGGUCUUUUUUUUAUUUAUUUCCUAUUUUGUUCAAAUCAUGGAUUUAUUUUUUAGCAUUCCUCCAUUUUUUGGCCAAACUUAUUUUCAUUAAUCCAGAUUCUGUUUUGUCCAUUUUAAUAGUGUACUUGUAUUUCUUCCUAUUUUGUGUGUGUGCGUUUGAGCUGUGGUUCCCCCUUAUCCUCCUUGCAUUUUUUUUCAUCUGUUAAAUAUUUUUUAUUUAUUUCUCCCAUUUUGUGCGGGGAAGGUAUUCAUCUGUGGUUUAUUUAUUUCUCCCUUCCCUGUUGUGGAUGCAUGUGAAACUUUGAAGGAAAAAUAAAAAGAAUUCUGCACCACACUUCACCACCUCUGUAUUGUGAGUUUUGAGUUUGGUUUUAUUUAUUUCUCAAUUUUUUUAAAAAAUAAAACGAGGCACUUUAAGCUUA